CCGCGGAUCCGCUUUUACCGGAGCCUUUACCGGCCGCUGCUGCUGGGCGCGUUCACGAGCAGGUCCGGAGAUGUCGGUGCCGUCUCCGCGCUCCCGCUGGAGGGGCGAAGAGGGUUUUGUCUCCUUCCAGGAAUCGACUAAAAAGGACAAAAUGUGGAGCAGAUGAGCGACUGUUCGUGACCGAGCUCGGACAAUCGGCCGACCCUGAUUGGACUCUCUGCUGGCGUCGCCAUGGAGACGGUGGUGAUCGUGGCCAUCGGGGUUCUGGCCACCAUCUUCCUGGCGUCCUUCGUCGCCCUGGUGGUGGUGUGCAGACACCGAUACUGCCACCCCCACGACCUGCUGCACCACUUCGACUCCAAACCCACAGUGGAUCUGAUCGGAGCCAUGGAGACCCAGAGCGAACCGUCGGAGCUGGAGCUGGACGACGUUGUCAUCACUAACCCUCACAUCGAAGCCAUCCUGGAGAACGAGGACUGGAUCGAAGACGCCUCUGGUUUGGUCUCUCACUGCAUCUCCAUCCUGAAGAUCUGCCACACUCUGACCGAGAAGCUGGUUGCCAUGACGAUGGGCUCGGGGGCAAAAGUCAAAGCUCCAGCCAGUCUGAGCGACAUCAUCACCGUGGCCAAACGCAUCAGUCCCAGGGUGGAUGACGUCGUCCGGUCCAUGUAUCCUCCUCUGGAUCCCAUCCUCCUGGACGCCAGGGCCACUGCUCUACUGCUCUCCGUCAGCCAUCUGGUGCUGGUCACCCGAAACGCCUGCCACAUGUCGGGCAGCCUGGACUGGAUCGACCAGUCGCUGCACGCCGCUGAAGAUCACAUGGUGGUUUUACGCGAGGCGGCGUUGGCCUCCGAACCGGACCGAGGCAUACCUGGAGUCGACGCUCAGCGAGAACAGGCCAUCUGAAGCAAACACAGAAGCAAACAGCAGCAGCAGGACGGGGAAAAUGUGCCAGUUUUAUCCUUCAGCUGCCUCUUGAUUGGAUUGCCUCUGGAUUGAACAGGCACAUUUUCUGCUUUAAAACUAAGCACAUAGGCCAAAUUAACAAGGACACUCGUGAGCAGUAAACAGGCUCCUAUUUCCACAUCUCACAUUAAAAAAAGCAAACCUUGGAAGAUUUUAAAAUCAUAUUUGCAACCACAAAUGCUGGAGCUCGUUUUGUAUUCGCUGCAGCUUCAGGUUAACAUUCUUCUUUGUAGAGUCUUUGGAAAUUUCUCCUCCAGUGUGCCAUCACCCAGCGGUGGGCCUAAAUCCAGUCUAACCAGUCACAUGGAGGCUUAGUCAGCUAAUCCAUUCUGAGGAAAAUAACCCCCAUUAGUCAGUGAACCCAAAGAGGCUCCGGCUCAGCGGACCAGUGGAAGACUAACCGGACUUAUUUACAAUUUGUGGGACCAGCGUGACUCGUGGACAGUAGAAAACAUCCCUCAGACACUCCUUCGCUGUUAGAAAUCACCGGUCUGUGAGGUUUUAUAGACCAGCAGCGCUAGUUUUAACCACAUCAGCAUCACAGUAAAAGGAUUUUCCAGUGGUGUGAAGCACUUCUGGUCUCUGGUUUCUCCCCAGUAGCAGCAUUUUCCAGGGAAUGUGGUCCAAGAGUUCACAGAUUAAAAUAUCUCAUCACCAGCUGCAGUUGAUGGAUUGGUACGAACACGCAGUGAUGGAUGGGGAGGAUGAAUCCCAAACACAUUGGUCAUCCUCUGACUUUUUCAGUGGGUUCAAAUGUGUCUCAACAUCUUGGAUUGUCAUGAAAUUUGGUACAUAUGUUUGCGUUCGCCACAGGAUGAUUUAUAAUAUCAGAUAAAUUAAAGUCCCCCUCUGGCAUUUGAUUUAAUCCCUAUUAACUAAACCGGUUAUCAGCCACAUGUGUUCAAACUGGAGUUCGAUUCUAAAAUAAAGAAAAUCUAGUUCAUUGGAGAUGAGCUGUGCUUGAAAAUUGGACAAGAGUAGGUUUUUAAAAAAUGUUAUCAAAAAUCAGUUCAGUCUCUUACAAUCUUCAUUAUGACAAUGUUGCCUGCUAACAGCUGAUCUGUGCAUCAUUCUACCUCCAUUUCAGAUGAAUUCUCAUAAAUCAGCAUCUUAUCA